AUGACGAAUGCGAUUCAGCGAUCAUUGCUACGCGUGAGCCGCACCCCGGGGCAGCCCACCCUUCAACCCCUGCGGCGGGAAGUGCUCCGCGGCCCGCGCGUGAUUGGCGCGUCGGAGGCUCUGGGAUUGGCCCCGUGUAAGAACGCCAGUUGCUUGGCGAUUGGCAAUGCCAGCGGCUUUGUCGGAGGUACGGAGCCUUCGACCGACGGCGCCAAUAUGAAGGUGAAUGAGCUGAGGUCCUACACGGAUGUCGUGCGUUUUCGCCUACUCGACGUCCAUGAGGCCUUACUUACCCUUGUCAAGAGGAGACAGGAAGUGGACCAGGAGUGGGGCUACGUCCAGGCGGCUGGGCCGCAAUUGACACUCGCUAGCUUUCUCGUGGCCGCCCGCACCAAGGUCUUGACAACCCACUACCCGCUGAAUGCGCUCUUUAUGCGCCAAAGUUGGCUUUUGCAGGACACACCUGAUUCCACGAUUCGCAAUUUAAUCAUGUGUUUAAGGCCUCAAAUAUGCCUGCCGGGAGAGGUGAUCGCGUGCCCGCAUAGCCAUCGCAUCCGCGGGGUCCGCCAGCUCUGUUUCCUGCGCCGUGGUCGCAUCCUGAUCGUAGAUGGUGCCUCGUUAAAAGGGGUUUCCCAGCCCGCCGCGGGGAGCACCCUUUCCAAUGAGAAUGGGAUCGUUUGUGUGUGUCAGGAAAACUGCCGGGACGCGCGGGAUGAGGGCCGCGUGCUGGAGGUCCUGGAGCCCGGCACCAUCUUUGGGGAGCUCUCCGUCCUCUUUUGCGAGCCCCGUGCCCAUGUCUUGGUGGCCGACAAGGCGUGCGAUAUUUGGUGCCUCCCGCAUAAAGACUUCUCGAGCACCACCCGCCGCGACGACGCGUUGCGGGAGUGCCUCCUCACCAAGGCCUCGUCGCUUCGUCGACGGUGGUUCGAUGAGCAGCGUCUGAUGCCUCCCUUUGCGAACCACCUGCGGGAGCAUCUGGAGUUGUUUCGCUCCUUUAGUGAUGUGGCGCUGCGGCUGGUACAGGAGCGUCUGGAGCCGAUGUUCUUCUCCCCAGGCGCUCUCGUGACGAGCACGUCGGAGCGGUGCGAUGGGAUGAUCUUUAUAAGGCGUGGCCGGAUGAGCUCCAUCAACGGCGGGGCGGCCACCUACGGCCCCGGGGAUGUCAUCGGGGAGGCCUGUUUGAUCCCGCACCGGUGGCCGUUUGCGCUUUCCGCGUGCACCAUCGUGGAGUGCUGGCGCCUCCGACGCGAGGACCUCCUUGACGCGCUGGAGCGGGUGGAGAUUCUACACAUGCUCUCGGGCAGGGCCGACGGCCAGGUCCUCGUGUACAUGAAGCACCUCUUCCGUCCGCCGAUUCCGGAGGUGGGGACAAACUCGCUUGGCCAGCAGUGCAUGCCCAUUGUGGAGGGGGCCCCGGGCGGAUGCGGCUAUGUGGCGUACGCCAAACGCCUCGCAGAGGUUAAUCUUAAUGCCCUCUGUUUCCUUCAUAGCGAUCACAUCAAACUUGAUGACAUUAAAUACGCUACUAUGUCCACAAAAAAAGGCGAGAUCGCUGACAAAGGCUGUGUGAGUGACGACACCAUCGCACAUCGAUACGUCAUAUCUAAGAUGAAGCAUUCUCAUGCCACUGCCAAAGGCGGGGAAGCGGUGAGCGUGUACCCAAUUGCAGAUGCGGUGAUUGCGAACCUUGAGCGACAUCGAAGGGACUCCAUGGGAUAUAUCAGGUCGAUGAGUGCCUCAUUGAAGCGGCGAGUCCCGCAACUCUCGGCUACCAUCGACAAAUGCGUCCAGGAACAAAUGGAGCGGCUCAGUGGAUCUUCCACAUUGCCGAAUAGACACCAGAGCCACAACAAAGAUUCAACUGCAAGUACUACGUCCUCGACGAGAGCCCGCGUAUCGAGCGCAUCACCAUCCUUGCGCCGGAAAAAGGUGCAUUAUCACACAAACAUUGGAUUUGGUGCCUUCUUGGUAAAAAUGGACGCUUCUACUGCCACAGCGUAUGGGCCCCAUCCACCGUGUCGCCCGCCCUCCGCAACUCCCAGGCCGGAUAGUGGUCAGCCAAAGCGCAUACAAUCUCCUCCCAGCACUGAUGGGUACUCUACCAGUCCCCAGCUGAGCCAACGCAGUAAAGCACGCGUGUGGGACCCCAAAAAGGGUAAAGAUACCCACCUCCCACCUUUGCUACAGAAGUACCUGAAUAUGCUGAGUGAGCGCGACAAGGCCACUGAGGCCGAAAAGAAUAAGAGUGGAUGGGAGAAGAAUCGACCAAAAUUGCAACCGGUCCAAGGAAUUGCCUACACGAGCACCACGGUCGAAUCGUCGUCUACCCGCAACGUUUCUUCUCAAGCUAAGAUCGAGAGAACUCCACCUGAUGUGGAGAGCAAGGUACGCGCGGCGCAUGACACCCUCACAGAGGCAUAUGUGGGCCGACUUCCCCCUGUCCAUAUAUUCUUAAUGGCGGAAAAGCCUCGGGCAGUCCUCACCAUGGAAGAAGCAUUGUCGAUUGGCUACGUUCUGCAAUUGCCAAGCAUCGAUAACAUUCAGUACUGCGUAUCGUUGGUUGAUCCUGAUGUAUCCAUCUGCCCCCUUGCGAACCGUGCCCGUCUACGUACGAUGGCUAUAACUCCAAAUGACCGUUUCCACAAGCAUAACUUUUACUUUGCGGCUGCCUACCUUGACAAGGAUGCCACUAAGGUGAAUAUCAACCUUACAGAUAAACAAGAGAUCGAUACUGCGAGGGACAAAUCACUGAAGUUAUUGGCUAUGAUACGCGCCGAUGCCCUGUACCACUGGUCCGCCAUGGCACAGACUAAGGAGCUAUCCAACGACAAAGAUCCCUUGCAAGAGGAUGAGGACUAUCAGGCCGCAGUGAGCGGACCCAACAACGAGCUGUUGAAUGAGGGUGGGUUACCCCCGUCGUCACCUUUUCCUCCAGAAACGUCCGUGCAGAGCGUUUCUAAGCAUGCAGAGGAAAAGAGGGAGUCCUUCCUGCGGUUGCUCAGCCAAAAUCCAGACAAAAUGCUAAAUGUACUACAUAAAAAACACCAUCUCACACCAUCUGAUACGUCGGGUGUCAAGCGGGAAUCUAUUACCCACCUCGCACAGUCGAAAGCAGAGAGGGGCUCUGCCGCGGCGAGCCAUCGGACACCAGUCCUGGAGCGACUGCUGGGGGCGGUCUCCACAGAAGAGGUGGAGGCUGACCUCAAUCAGCCUACUUGCAGUCGUGUGGUUGUCAGUGAACCCUCAGGUUCCUUGUUGGGAUCUACUCCCACGUCUCUUUCCAACCUCACGGCUUCAAACACGAGAGUCUCCAUAUUAGUUGAGCAUAGCCAGCAAGAUCUACACAACCCUCCGCCUCUGACGCAAUUGAGAUCUUACAGUGUGACAGGUCCGUCAUUUGGUUGGUUAAAAGGUGGUCACUCCCCCUCUGGAUGGAGCCCCUUUUCAUCAAACAUCGUACCCUUAAAAGCCCCUGUUUUCGAGGAAUAUUUGCAGAAGCACGAGACCUUGCUCCUUGUAGAUCGGUAUGGCACUCUAAACCAGGCCAAUACGGUCACCUUUGAAAUGGACAAGGACGUGCUCGUGCCGAGCCGCCGAGCCUCGAUUAGUGUGGCGACGAAGGAGCCAUUUUACCCGCGUUCAAGUGUGGAUCUCGCCCAAUCAUCCUUGCGGAUGCGUGCUUCUGCAGCCUUUGCCGGCCCCUGUGGAUUCUCAACAAGUGCGGAGGGAGGGGAAACGAUGCCUACCGACAUGUCGCCGACGGGGUUUGGCCCAAAGGACUUUGUGAUGCCCGACGAGAACGACGCCGAAGCUAUCGUGUCCUCCAUGCAGAACGAUAUCGAAGCGCUGAACGCUGUCGCCGAGCAGCAGGCCCGUGAGCGGGAGCUGGCUCGGCAACAAUGCGGCACCUCCACGGGCGCGAGCAACGCCGCGGAGGGAGGCCUCUCCCCGGGCCUUGAAGACGAGGUGGGUCGUGCAUUGGAGAACAUGCGAAGGAUUUGCCAUAGCUCGGAAACGGAAACCGCGCAGGCGAUCGCAGUGCCCAACUUCCUCCUCUCCGAGGCGGGCCCUGACUACUUGGUUCACGGCUACGCGGAGCUACACUCCAUGGAUGGCGAAAAGACGAACCGUUUCACUCUAUUGCAAGGUGUGUAG